AUGCGAUCUGGCCCGCAGCAAUAUUCGGCUACGUCUAGUCUAUCCGUGCAACCGACAGAGUUAGUGACUUCUGCGCAGCCGAUUUCGUCUUCAUCGUCAUCUUACCAUACUGAGCCGCUGGAACAUGGCCAGCGCCUUUCGUCUAAUGAGGCACUGGUCAGUCAGAAACCAUCACUCGGUUCAUCGCCUCCAAUGGAGGUCAAUUACCAAAACGGCACUCGCAUUUCUGCGAGUGGUUCAAAAACGCUCACAGCAGCUUCAUCUUCGUCGUUGUCACCAUCACAACCCGCAGCGGCCGGAGUCACAGUUGCAGUAGUUAGCGAUGAGUUACCGGAAACAGCGGUAAUACUUGCAUCGAACCGUGUCGAGGAUGUUGCCCGUGUUCCAAGCUGCCCGAACAGGCUGAAGCCAAUGCAGUACGUAGAUGGCAGACCCGUGAUGUGUCUUCCAGGCCGAAAUCAAUGCCCUGACAAUUCAGUUUGUUUCUUUAAUGGCGUGGACUUCUUCUGCUGUCCGAAUGCCGAGGAUCCGUACGAUCUCCAUGUUUUCGGAGGAUACGGUGGAGAUGAAGUGAAGCACGGAUAUAAAAGCACAAAGAAGGCACCCUUAAACAUCAACGAACUUAUCGUGCGAAAAAAGCUGCUGCUAAGGCGCAAACGUCAAGUACCAGCUUUUUCGAUUGACCAAGUGGCUAGACCGGUGCGCCUUGACUGUGAGUUUUCAUUUUUCACGCUCUAUGACAGAAAGUCUUCAUUAACAAGUCAUGAAAACGUGGUCUUCUUAAAAAAUUAA